AUGCCUCGUCAACGUAUCGAUUUCACUCCCGUAAACAGGAGUGAAUGUAAAAAACGUCCUAACUGUGUCUUAUCCCACGAUCUUGAGUGCUCUCAUACAAAUCAGUCUGCGCAAAAAUAUUUAAUGAGAGGCAGAAGUCGUGAUCCUUGCUGGAAUCGUGAUUCAAGCAGCAGUAGCAGAAGCUCAUCAAGAGAUGAUCUUGAUCAAAAUCAUUAUUCUUCAAUAUAUCAAAGUCAACGUUCUCACAAUAAAAACAGAAGGCGUGAAAGAUCUCCAGGUGAUCAUCUUAAAACAAGAAAACAUCACUUUUAUGAACGUCGAAGAAAUCAUGAAUCUUCCUUGCACCACCCUAUUUGCACAACGCUUGAACCACCUUACGUACAAAAUCUAAUGAAACAAAUUAACAAUUUAAGUCUUCAAUUAGAAAUAAUGCAAACUAGAAUUUCAGCUGUACCUCCAAUUCAAACUUCUCCUCCUCUUUCAUCUAUCAGUGUACAGAAUGAAAAUGAAAAUCAUCAAAAUACAACUAUGCUACUACUUGAAGCUCCCGCUCAAUUAGAAACGCCAUCUGAAAUUAAUGAAUCUUUAGCUCUGUACUCUAAAAACUCGGAUCCCUCUCGAUCUUCUCCUAACAAAACAGUAAAUUUUCCUUCUCAAAUAAACAAUGAAGUCGAGCAAGUUAAUCAAUUUUCACAAUCAUCUCUCGAACCCAUGAAUUCCGUUUUUAAGCAAACUUUUCAUGAUGAAAUUGUUAAAAGUCUGGAUCAUUUACCAACUGAACAACAAUUCGAUAUCACUAAAAAUUUUACUCAACAAUUAAAUCAUGUAACUUAUGUUACGGUGCCUGCGGUUAAAGCUUUAAUUAGUCCUAGAUUAGUGUUCACUGAUAAUGAAUUAAUCGCGAUAUUAAGACAACUUCAUAAAAGUCGUAGAGGAAAGUGGAAAAGUCGUGAGAAAUUAGAAACACAUAGGGCACGUCGUCGUAUCAGUUCACGGACCAAACGAAAAAUAUUCAGUCGAAUUCGUGGAUUGCAACAUAUGAUUCGUGUAGGUGAUUCAAUUCUUAAUGAUUGUCAACCACCCUCACUCAGUUGGGAUGAAUAUCUUCAUGAUUUGGAACGCGCUGUAAAUGAUCCCGCAUUGCAAUCUUGUGAGGAGUCUGAUACUGAUGAAGCUUUGGCCAGUCAGGAAAGUGAUGAACGUCCAACGAUCAUUCGGAAUAACAAUAGGGUUAUUAAAGUCUAUGAUAAACCAUGGAGGUCUACCAGAAUCAAAUGUCUUUUACGUCGUUGUGACGAAGUUGGUGGAUCCGUUUAUGGAUUAAUCAGAAAAAGAUGGUACAAUGAUGAAUUAUAUGUAAAUAAAAAUAGCCGUCCAAACGACCAUGUUCCUAGUUGGUGGAUUUCCACAAAUUGGUCUUCUAAUAUUGAAUAUAAUGAAAAUCAUUAUGAAGUAGAACGAGAAAAUGAUAAAGAGAAUGAUGAUAACGAUUAUAAUGGAAAUGAUGCUUAA